UCUCCCUCUAGCCAUGUACCAAUCACAGCAAGAACGCCAUGUCUACACCUUCGAAACGGGUUACGUCGACAGCGGCGUGCCUACCCAGUACGCUCCUGAUCCAAGCCCUCCGGCCCAAGCUCCCCCACGCCGCCGUUUGACCCCAUUCCGCAUCCUGGUGAGAGUCUUCAUCGGCAUCUGCACCUUCAUAGGCGUCCUAUCCCUCCUCAUCUGGCUCAUCUACCGUCCCCGGACGAUCCAGAUGGCCGUGGACUCGGCAACACUCUGGAGCUUCAACCUGAACUCGACGACGAGCCCCCCGCUGCUGUCCUACAACCUCACAGCCGGUGUGUCCAUCUCGAACCCGAGCAAACGGGUAUCCGUCUACUACGACCGGCUGCAGGUGGAGGGAUUCUACCAGGAAGAGCGGUUCGGCCGUGCCGCCUUGCCGCUGUCGUUCCAGGGCGUCCGGCGGACCGACACGGUGCGAGGCAUGCUCCAGGGGAGCUCCGCCGGAUACUUCGAUAACGCGAUGGCAAGUGGAACGGGUGUCUUCCCCUUGGACCUGUGGGUCGUUGGCACCGUGCGGUACAAGUAUGGCGAGCUGACGACAACCUCGGCGAGCACGCUGUCGGUGAAGUGCCCGCUUGUGCUGCAGCUCAUGGAGGCCUCAACCAGGGUCGAGUGUAUUGUGAUCAGCUCUUGAAUCUACUAGAGCUUUGUAUCCUAGCCGAUGCAGGUGUUCUGUACUCAUCUGUAAAAGGAUGCAAGCGCCAGUGGCGAGCACGCUGUUGGUGAAAUGCCCGAUUGUGCUGCAGCUGAUGGAGGCCUACCAGAGUCGAGUGUAUUGUGAUCACCUCUUAAUUCUACUAGAGCUUUGUAUCCUGGCCGAUGCAGGUGUUCCGCGCUCAUCUGGAAAACGGCAAUAGAGGCAAGCACCCGUGGAGUCCUCGACAGGCCCGAGUUGCUCCAAGUUUUUCUUUUUCGGUUCAU